AUGAGGCUACACACUGCCGCAGGCUGGUCGAGCCUCCUAUUCACGACACUGCUAUGUACCGGUGCCUGGGCGAAAAAGGAGAAGCCAUCUGUCAAGAGCAAAAAGUUCGACUUCAUUCCCCAUAAUGUGAACUAUUUCGAAGACUCGGACGUUCUGCUGUUCGAGGACAACCAGAACAAUGAUGUCUACCGCUCGACAGAUGCAGGUGCAACCUGGGACAAGAUAGAUGAAGGGAAAGGGAAGAUGCUGGAGAUCUCAAUGCAUCCCUUCGACAAGAAACGAGCAUAUAUCAUUACAGUGGAAAAGACACACUACAAGACCAGUGAUCAGGGCAAGACGUGGGAGAAGUUUGAAGCAGAUGAGCUGGCUACGAUCUUCAACGCGGCUCUCACAUACCAUGCUGGAGAUCCAGAUAGAAUAAUCUUCAAUGCUAUGGAAUGCACAGGCAUUUUCUGCUCGGAGUUGACGAUGUACACCUUGGACAAUUUUGCCAAACCCCCAAAAACGCUGCGAAUCGACACCUCUGGCUGUCAUUGGGCCAAAUCCACUGAACAAUUUACGACUGGGCAAAAAGAUUUGGAUAAUAAUAGAAUACUUUGCGUGGUGAAAGGCCGAUUUUCUCUUUGGAGAAAAGACUAUCGACUGCUAGUUUCGGAUAACUUCUUCGAGUCGAGCGGCGGCACAGUUCAGGAAUUCGAGCCCGAGCUGGAGUCUGGCAGGACAGUACAAGGGAUUGUGAACAUGGCUAUUUCUCAUCCAUAUUUGGUGGUCGCGGCUGUAGCAGACAAGACAGACGAGAUGGCACUUUAUAUUUCGGAUGAUACAGUGAAGUGGCAUAGAGCUAUCUUUCCACACGAUCACAAAAUUACGGAGGAGGCAUAUACUCUGCUGGAAGGGACAAACUAUAGCAUUCAAAUUGAUGUUAUGACUGGUCGGGAGACAAACCCAACGGGCGUCUUCUUCAGUAGUAACUCAAACGGAACUUUCUACGCCCGGAACCUCGAACACACGAACAGAGGCGCCGAUGGGUAUGUGGAUUUUGAAAAGGUUUACGGUGUUCAAGGUAUCAUACUGUACAACGUCGUAGACAACUGGGAAGAUGUUGACAGUGGCAAGACCAACGGAAAGAAGAUCAAGUCCAAGAUCAGUUUCGACGACGGCAGGACUUGGGAAUCCUUAACCGUGGAUAAGGAAGACCUCCACCUCCAUUCCGUCACGGAGCUUUCAAAUUCCGGAAGAGUGUUCUCCAGUCCCGCUCCUGGUUUGCUGAUGGGCGUUGGCAACACUGGCACAUAUCUGAAGGACUAUGGCGAAGGAAAUUUGUAUGUUUCAGAUGAUGCUGGAUUGACAUGGCGAAAAGCCUUGGAUGGUCCUCACAAGUAUGAAUUUGGGGACCAAGGUUCCAUUCUUGUAGCGAUGAAGGAAGGUUUUCACAACGAGAUCAGGUUUUCACUAGACCAUGGGAAAUCAUGGGGAAAGGCAGAUCUUCCUGAGAAGGUCCGUCCAGUUCAACUCACUACACUACAAGACUCGACGACUUUGAAAUUUCUGCUUGAAGCGAUCGACGAAGAAAGGACAGGGGCAGCGGCAUUUCUCAUGGUCCUAGAUUUUGAUGAUAUGCAAGAAUCGCAGUGUAAAGAGGGGGACAUGGAAAAAUGGUAUGCCAGAGUUGACUCAGAUGGCAAACCAACCUGUCUUAUGGGCCAUAAGCAAUGGUACAGCAGACGGAAGGCGGAUGCUGAUUGCUUCGUCAAGAAGGAAUUUGUCGAUCCGGAGGUCCACUCUGAGCAGUGUGAAUGUGCCGAUGCCGAUUUUGAGUGCGAUUACAAUUUCGUUCGCAGUGCUGACCGAAAAGAGUGCGAGAAGGCUGGUGAUUUGAUCCUGCCAGAGGGUGCAUGCAAGGCUUUCGGACCAGAAGACACCUUCAAAGGCUCUUCCGGUUGGCGACUCAUCCCAGGCAAUGAUUGCAAGCGUGCCGAAGGAAAGCAAAAGGACGAUCCGGUUGACAGAAAGUGCGUCGAUGCCGUGGGGGCGCCAGCGUCUGGUAAGCCAGAUGGUGCUCAGAAGAGUUUUGAUGGGAAAUUCUUCCACAGCAAGAUCUACCUCGAACGUACGGGUGUCAGUCAAGGAACAGACGAGACUGUCCUCAUGCAAACGGAUGCGGGGGUUUAUAUUUCCCAAGACCAUGGCAAGAACUGGGAACAAAUGUUCAAAGACGAGACAAUCCUGGCCAUCAUCCCCCACUCGUAUUUCAACGACAUGGUUUUCUUCAUAACAGACUCUGAGAAGGUCUACUAUUCGACAGACCGUGGCAAGAACAUACGAAGCUUCCAAGCCCCUGAUAAGCCGAACACUAAACGUAUCCCGGUCAUGAGCUUCCACCCCAAGAAUAAGGAUUGGAUAAUCUGGGUUGGAAGGAGAGGUGAUUGUCCCGAUGGCCCAGAAUGCCAUGCAGUGGCUUCUAUCACUACCGAUCGUGGUGAUGAUAAGUGGAAGACAUUGCAGCGCUACGUCCGAAAGUGCGAAUUCAUUGCAGAACCCGAAAACGGAUACCGUGUUCCCGGACCCAAACCUGAGAUCGACAAGAAGAGCAGAGACAAACUCAUCUACUGUGAGGUCAAGUCAAAGGAGAGCGCAGAUGAUACGGACAAUCCGUACAAACUCGUUUCUAGCGAUGACUUCUUCAAUGAGCCACCGGUGACCCAUUUCACAAAUGUAGUUGACUUUGCCACAAUGUCUGAAUUCAUUGUCGUUGCAACAAAGGACGAUAAAGCAGAGACGCUGAAGGUUGACACAAGCGUCAAUGGAUUGACUUUUGCUGAUGCGCAAUUCCCAUAUGGCUUUUCUGUCCCACAUCAAACAGGAUACACAGUGCUGGACAGCUCUACCCAUUCCGUUUUUCUGCAUGUUACGGUCAACAAUGAAAAAGGGUAUGAGUAUGGAUCAAUCAUCAAGAGCAACUCCAAUGGAACUUCUUACGUCCUAAGUUUGAACGCUGUCGACCGAGAUGGCCCGGGUUAUGUGGAUUUCGAGAAAAUGUUUGGAAUCGAGGGCGUUGCAAUGGUGAACGUGGUAUCAAAUUUCCAGUCCAAAAACUUCAAGAAGGAGGGGAAGAAGCUCAAGACCAUGAUCACCCACAACGAUGGAGCUGAAUGGGCUUAUCUCAAACCACCCACAAAAGAUGCCGAUGGCAAGAAAUUCUCUUGUAGCAACAGUAACCUAGAGAAGUGUUCGCUGAAUAUCCAUGGGUACACUGAACGUGCCGACAAAUCCCAUACCUACUCAUCCGCUUCUGCCAUUGGCUUAAUGCUCGGCACAGGGAAUGUGGGCGAGACUCUGUCUUCGAUGAAAGAUGCAGAUACCUUCAUGACCUCUGAUGGAGGGGUCACCUGGAAAUCUGUCAAAAAAGGCUCGUACAUGUGGGAGUUCGGCGAUCAAGGAUCUAUCGUUGUCAUCGUGAGGGAAAAGGUUGCCACCAAGGUGGUGUAUUAUUCAUUGGACGAAGGUGAGAACUGGAUCGAAUAUCAAUUCGCUGAGAAAGAGGUCGAGAUCGACGAUCUUACAACGGUACCCAGUGACAACUCGCGGAAGUUUUUGCUUUGGGGUUAUGAUGGUGACAAACUCGUGGCUCAAAAUCUCGACUUCUCGGGUCUUACAGACGUCCAGUGCAAGCUCAACGAAAACGACGUUGAGGCUGACGAUUAUUACCUAUGGACACCAAAGCAUCCGUCUCAAGAGGAUGAUUGCUUGUUUGGUCACGUCUCAUCAUAUCAUCGAAAGAGGACAGAGAAGAAGUGUUUCAAUGGCCAAAUGAUUCCCCAUCUUCACAGCAUCGAAAGGAAUUGCUCUUGCACCAGGAGAGACUUCGAGUGUGACUUCAAUUAUCAACGACAAACUGAUGGCUCUUGUGCUCUUGUACCUGGCUUUACUCCUUACGACCAUUCCUUGAUUUGUAAGGAAGAUGAGAGUCGCAUUGAAUAUGACGAUCCAACCGGCUAUCGUCGUAUUCCGCUCUCUACCUGUGUAGGAGGCAAAGAGUUCGAUAAAAGUGUCCCUCAUCCUUGCCCUGGUAAGGGAGAGCAGUUUAAGAAGAAGCAUGGAGUUUCCGCGAUCGGCAUAUUCUUUAUCAUCAUUGUAUGCAUUGGUGUCGCAGCAGGUGUCGGCUGGUGGGUGUGGACAAACAUGGGCAACUUCGGGCAGAUCAGACUAGGCGAGCAAUCAUCGGAUCUCGAGCCCCCCUACGUCAAAUAUCCGAAGUUAGUCCUCGUAGCCAUAGUCAUGGUAGCUACGGGAGCUGCAGCAUUAGCAACCAGUCUGUGGCGCGAUGCCAGAACGACUUUUGGUGGAAGCAGACCUGCGCGCUUCACGACCCGGGAUAGCUUUGCGAGAGGAAGAGGUGAUUAUGCGGUCGUUGACGAUGACGAGGGAGAGCUUCUGGGCGACGAAAGUGAUGAAGAGGUUUGA